AUGAUUUGGCUUGUGACUUUUCUGUCCUGCAUUGGGCUGAUUUGGGCUGAAACACCGUUCAACCAUAAUGUGCACAAUGAGAGGGUCAUAGGAGGCCACGAUGCUAAACCCAACACCUGGAGAUGGCAGGCUUCUAUCCAGUUUGAUUCAUACAAUGAUGGCUAUUUCUACCACAUCUGUGGAGGCACUAUCAUUGGCAGUUCGUACAUCAUGACGGCAGCUCACUGUAUCCUCAGCAUGGAUGCCAGUCUGUACCGCGUGGUGGUGGGUGAGCACGACCUGUACGAGUACGACGGCAGUGAGCAGUUCCUCCGUGUGGAUAUGAUUGAAGUCCAUCCCGACUGGAAUGAAGACCUUGCAAAAGGAAAUGACAUUGCUCUCUUGAGACUGGCGAACCCUUUGUAUGACAAUGGCUACGUGGCCAUCGCUAAUCUUCCCUACCCUGGCGAGAUUCUGCCUCAUGACUUCACCUGUUAUAUAACCGGCUGGGGACUUAUGGACUACGGAGUUACCGUCCCUGCCAUCCUGCAGGUGGCGCCCAUCCAUGUGGUGGAGCAUUCAGUGUGCUCCCAGCCUAACUGGUGGGGCAGCAAUGCUCUGACAACCAUGGUGUGUGCUGGAGGGGAUGGAGCCAUAGCAGGUUGCCAGGGCGACUCUGGAGGUCCGCUGAGCUGCUUCACCAACGGAGCCUGGACAGUCCACGGCGUUGUCAGUUACGGUCCAAUCGGCAUGUGCAACCAAGUGACUAAACCCACAGUGUUCACCAGAGUCUCUUCCUUCCAUGAUUGGAUCUAUUCAAUUGUUCCAUAGAUGACCCGGCGGCGUCUUCUCUCAAAUGGAACGUGUGAAAUUAAAUGAAUUUGAGUUUAACCUCCAGGAGAUGUUUGCUGGUAGUUCUUCAUUCAGCCAAAGGGUGGCGAUAGUGGUUCGUGUUUAGACUAAAUACCAUACCAUGUCUG